GUGUAGUUACAGGGUGUGAACAAGGGACCGGGAGGAGUUAUGACUGCAGUUCGUGCUUACAAUUUAGUACCCAGCUGAUCCUCAGCAUACAGUACAAGGGGGUGGGGGCUGAGUGAGUAUGUACAGCGCUGCCCCCCUACUUUACAAAAUGACGCCGGUAUACAGGGGUCUCACCCUUCUGUUGCUGAUCACUUCUGGAAACUGUGCCUCAAUCUGCUCCACACGAGGGGUGAGCUCUUGCCAGCAAUGUCUGGCUGUCAGUCCAUUAUGCGCUUGGUGUUCACAAGAGGAAUUUGGAAAAGGGGCAUCCCGUUGUGAUGUGAAGUCAUCUUUGCUCGAAAAUGGUUGUGCACUGGCAAACAUUGAGUUUCCUGUCAGCGAAGUCAGCGUUUCAGCAAACCGUCCCCUGAGUGACAAGGGCACAGGAGGGGAAAUCACUCAGAUGACGCCACAGAAGAUUGAACUGCACCUGAGACCAGAUGACUCUAAGAACUUCGUAGUACAAGUGCGUCAGGUGGAAGACUACCCAGUGGACAUCUACUACCUUAUGGAUCUGUCUUACUCUAUGAAGGAUGACUUGGAGAGCAUCCAAACAUUGGGCACUCAACUGGCUGAGAAUAUGCGCAAGGUGACCAGCAAUCUACGCAUUGGCUUUGGGGCAUUUGUUGACAAGCCCAUGUCACCCUACAUGUACGUCUCUCCACCAGAGGUCAUCACCAACCCAUGCAGAGAUAUUCAUACCGUCUGUUUGCCCACCUUCGGCUAUAAGCAUGUUUUGACCCUUACAAAUGAGGUUGAACGUUUUAACCAAGAGGUUGGAAAGCAGAGUGUUUCCCGGAACCGUGAUGCCCCGGAGGGUGGAUUUGACGCAGUGAUGCAGGCUGCAGUGUGUGAUGAAAGGAUUGGCUGGAGAAAUGAGUCUUCCCAUCUACUGGUUUUUACCACAGAUUCCAGAACACACAUUGCCUUGGAUGGAAGGAUUGCAGGUAUUGUCCAUCCCAAUGAUGGACAGUGUCACCUAGGAGAGGACAACCAUUACAUACUGUCUACCACCCUGGAUUACCCAUCCCUUGGGCUGAUGACAGAAAAACUCUCACAGAAAAACAUCAAUCUUGUUUUUGCUGUCACUGAAGAGGUCCUGGCACUCUACAAGAAAUACAGUGAGUUGAUUCCUGGGACGACUGUAGGUACAUUGUCCAGGAAUUCUGGGAAUGUUAUACAGCUAAUUGUGGAAUCUUAUGAGAAGAUUCGGUCGAAGGUAGAACUUGAAAUCCGUGAUCUCCCAGAGGAACUGUCACUCUCAUUCAACGCCACCUGCACCAACAACGAGGUCAUACCAGGCCUGAAAUCCUGCUCAGGCCUCAAAAUUGGAGACACGGUGAGUUUCUCCAUUGAAGCCAAAGCGCGAGGCUGUCCUAAGGAGAGGGUGAAGACAUUCACGAUCAAACCUAUGGGAUUUAAGGACACUCUGACUGUAACCGUUCACUUCAAGUGCAACUGCAGUUGUCAGGCAUUCGAUGAGCCUGACAGCGAUGACUGUAAUAUGGGUAAUGGAACCUUCAGCUGUGGGAUCUGUCAGUGUCAGACUGGAUGGUUGGGACCCCACUGCGAAUGUUCAGAGGAGAAAUAUGACCCAACCCAACAGGACCGCUGUAGUCAAAAGGAGAAGGGCACCAUCUGUUCCCAUAGAGGAGAGUGCAUCUGCGGGCAGUGUGUGUGUCACACCAAUGACUUUGGAAAGGUGUGGGGUAAAUACUGUGAAUGUGAUGACUUCUCCUGCCUACGGUUCAAGGGAGAAAUGUGCUCAGGACAUGGACAGUGUAACUGUGGGGAUUGUAUUUGUGAAUCUGACUGGACGGGAAGUUACUGCAACUGCACCACACGCACAGACACCUGUAUGUCCAGCAGUGGGCUCUUGUGCAGUGGAAGGGGACAGUGUAUCUGUGGGAAGUGUGACUGCACCCAGCCCGGUUCAUAUGGAGACACUUGUGAGAAGUGUCCAACUUGUCCAGAUGCUUGCACCUUUAAGAAGAGCUGUGUGGAGUGCAAGAAGUUUGAGCGGGGCCCGUGGAUUGAGCAAUCCUUGUGCAAGAGAAUUUGUCGUGAUGAGAUUGAGUCUGUGAAAGAGCUAGGUGAUAAUGGGAAGGAUGCUGUGAAUUGCACAUAUAAGGACGAGAAUGACUGUGUGGUCAGGUUUCAGUACCAUGAGGACGCCAGUGGGAAGUCUGUGUUAUAUGUCAUUCAUGAAGCAGAAUGCCCUCAGGGACCUGACAUCCUUGUGGUCUUAAUGUCCGUCAUGGGAGCCAUUCUGCUCAUAGGCCUGGUGGCUCUACUUAUUUGGAAACUGCUCAUUACUAUCCAUGACCGUCGUGAAUUUGCCAAAUUUGAAGAGGAGAGAGCAAAGGCUAAGUGGGACACGGCACACAACCCGCUGUACAAAGGAGCUACAUCAACCUUCACCAACAUAACAUACCGUGGGGAGGUAGAGUGAAUGCAGAAACUGGUGAAAUUCACAUGGUCCGUCUCACACUGGGUGAGAGUCAACAUUCAUGAUGCCUCAUACACGCUUCUACUGCUUUUACACCUCAUGGUCUUAUUAACACAAUGCUCUGUGGAAGAAGUGAAACAAUUACAUUCCAUGUGAUCAGCAGAGUGAACAGUCUUAUAAAUACAUUUUGUCCCCCUACAAGGGCUUAGUUAGACUUGUUUUGUCCCCAUUAUUCCCCGAACAAAAUGGUGAAAGGCUCUGACAUGAAGACACAAAAUGGCUGCUCAACACUGAGACUUUUGCAGUAAAAAACAAACAAAAACAAAUGCUGCAAAAUUAUAAGAAGAAAAUAAUUACUUUUUCACAGAAAACCUAGCAAGCAUCUCAGGAAUGCCACUGUCCUCCCCUGCAACACUCAGCAGACCCCUGCAACAAGACAGAACUUGCAGAUUUACAUCCUAAUAACACCUUGUUAAUACUUGAUUACUGCAACAGAUCGCAUCACGUCACCGACUAGGAUCAGUAAAGUGCCUGCGCUCACCUGAAGUUUUGACGGGAAAUGGUCUAUUUGACUGCUUGCAUGGGCCAUCGACGCCUACUUGACACAUGUUCUACUUCUAGAACACUGCAGCACUGUGAGGAGCCCUGUCAUUUCCCCAGCAUGAGUGCUUCUCUGUAAAAUGGGUGGCUUUUGUCACAAACCAGCCAUGCAGAGCCUUUUUGGAAAUAAUGAGUUUUAAAAGCGGACAGAAGUCUUCAAUAGAUAGAUGUCUCUUACAUGAAGUGUUAGCAUCUUUUCAUACUUGUGUACUGCCACUUAACUGCAGGCAGUCCUUAAGGUGCAUACACACGGUGAGAUCCUUGCUAUGUCCAAUUUUAACUAUACAAUUUCCCUUGAACUCCCCCAGUGCCCAGAUAGCACAGAUUUCCACUAUCUGUACUUUCGAUAUUGACUGUAAGAUUGACUUGCCUGCACAGUCUAUUUAGCCUUGUGAUACCGACCCCGUGGGAGUGCGCAUCGGGAUCAAAUCGGGAUCGCAAGGUGGCUAGCACCUUGCGAUUUGCACUAACUUUCCUUGCGAUUUUGACUAUAUAGUCAAAAUUGAAAGGAGAAAUCUCACCAUGUGUAUGCACCUUUACAUUUGAAAAAAUACCCACAUAUUUUAAUGUGAAAGAAUGAUCUUAAAUAUACAUUACAAACUGGGAUUUGUGAAAGCAUAAAUAGCUCAGGAUGAGUGUGUUAUGCUGAUAUUUCAUACAUAUCAAAGCACUGUUCUUUACUGAGAAUGUUUACUUAUUUACAUGAUAAUAAUAACAUAAGUUGCACUGUACACUGUUUUUGUAGAUGUAAGAAAUCUGUGAACUGUGGGAGCUCUUGCCGAUGUAUUUGUCCUGUCUUUGAUUAUGCUGCCUCUCAGUGGACAUUUAGUAAAACUGCAGUUUUUAUUUUGUUUUCCCCGUUGAUUAUGUCACUGGUUUAUACUGUGUUUAAAUAAAAAAAAGUGUACCUAUUUGGCCUAUGAAGAA